GUAGAUUAACCUGUUUAAGUGUUCUAGUGAUAACUUCUACAGAUAUAAUAACAAAACCUGGCAAGAUAAUUGAAAACAGUGAGUAGGUAUUAAGUUAACAAUAUGAAGCGUUGGUGGCGGAUGACCGCGCUGUUCUGCAUUGUGUUAUCGCUCAGCGCGCAGAAAUCAUCUGCGGCCCGUGCAAGUUUCCGGAGAUUUCCAAGUUUCCCCAGAUUUCCAAGUGUAGAUGAUCACAGAGUUAUCGUAGGCAACAGUUUUAAGCCGGUGAACGACGAACUCACAGACGAUGAGCCCGCUGCAUCCAUCAAGAUGACGCACAUGCGCGUUCGCUCCGAGAUCGCUAUGCGCUAUGCCCGCACGGCCAUAAUAUGCAAUGUGUACAACCCCAGCAGGAAACCGCAGGAAGCCACUUUUGAUGUGCUGCUGCCUGACACCGCCUUCAUCAGCGGAUUCACUAUGACUUUGGGUAAAGAAACCUAUGAAGCAUAUGUAAAAGAAAGAAAAGAAGCUAAACAAAUAUAUGACGAUGCAGUUAAACAAGGAGCUUCUGCUGCUCACGUUGCUACAAAAGCACGUGACUCAAACGACUUUACGAUAAAAUUCAACGUCGAAGGCAGAAGUAAUGCAACGUACCGCUUGAGAUAUGAAGAGUUGUUGGUUCGUCGAAAUGGCGUCUACAACCAUGCUAUCAAUCUGCACCCUGGCACGCUUGUGCCUAAAAUGGACGUCGUUGUACACAUCAAGGAAUCACAGAAGAUCUCUGUACUGCGGGUGCCUGAAUUGAGGUCCGGAAACGAAAUUCAUGCGACAGAAAAAGACGCACAAAACGCUAACGCUGUAAUAAAAAGAGGAAAAAAUGAACGGGAGGCUACAAUUACAUUUACACCUAAUCUGGAAGAGCAGAAAAGACUUGCUGAACUAUAUGCGGAAAAAACGAGAAAAACAGCUGACCUUGAUUCUUCAAACGUUGGCUUCGAUAGUGCAGAGGAAGACAAUGAAGUUGAAGGUCUCUUGGGUCAAUUUGUAGUACAGUAUGACGUAAAUCAGCCAGAAAAUGGAGAAAUUUUGGUCAAUGAUGGCUACUUUGUGCACUUCUUCGCCCCGAGCUCGUUACCACCGUUGAGUAAGCACGUGGUGUUUGUGCUCGAUACAUCCGGCUCCAUGGUGGGGAAUAAGAUUGAGCAGUUGCGGAAAGCUAUGAUCGCCAUUCUUUCUGACCUAAACCCAAGCGACUAUUUUAGUAUCGUCGAAUUCAACUCAGGUGUUAAGGUACACGAACUGAAAGAAGCCAAGAAAGCACUGACACCUUACUAUACAAAUCCCGAUGCACCUGUCGAUAUAGUGCCACCUGCACUUGCAUCGCCAGAUAACAUAGCUUCGGCAAAGAUUAUUGUAAACAGACUCAUUGCUGAGGGAGGUACCAAUAUAUAUAAAGCCCUUGAUGUGGCCAUUAAUAUUGUACAAAGCGGAGAUCUUCAGAAAGCUCAAACAAAUUCGGCAAAUGUAUCGUUGAUAUCUCAGUAUAACAACGGAACAAACCAAAAUAAAAAUGAGCUGGAACCCAUUAUAAUCUUUUUAACGGACGGCGAGCCAACCGUGGGAGAAACCAAUCUUGACCGCAUAAUCACGUACUUGUCCGAGAAAAACUCUGGCCCGAAUAGAGCUACUUUGUACUCACUUGCUUUUGGUGAAGAUGCAGACCGCGUUUUCCUGCGCAAGCUGUCUCUCCGCAAUGACGGCUUCAUGCGGCACAUCUACGAGGCAGCUGACGCGGCGCUACAGCUUCACGACUUCUACCGGGAGGUGUCCUCACCGCUUCUCUCUGACGUCAAAUUCUUAUAUCCCCGCCGACAAAUAAAAGAAGGGUCGCUGAGCCAAAGUCGGUUCCGCACUAUCAACGACGGUUCGGAAGUGGCUGUAGUGGGUAGGGUCGCUGAUAACAUCAAUGAAAUCACGCCUCAGGUGCUUGGAUUAAGGGCAGAAAGAGAUGGUCGAAGUCGGAAACUUUACGAAGUAAAUCCUACAGUGCCCGUGACUCAAAACAAAGAUGAGUACUUGCCCUUAGAGCGGCUUUGGGCGUACCUCACUAUCAAACAACUGCUGGAUAAAAGUGACGCCGGCGAUACCAGCCAGAGUGGGUCAGAGGAUGACAGUUCUGAAGAAAGACCUGAGAAGAAAGCUCUGGCUAUCGCACUUAAGUACUCGUUUGUUACGCCUCUGACAUCGCUAGUGGUUGUCAGGCUGAACAAAACCGAUGUCGUAGAGGCUGUGGAUGUGGAAACUGUCGACGACCCAAGUUUCUCGCUGUUUAGUUCAUCCCUUCCGCUCAAGGAUUUGACCUAUACCAGUGCAAGUACUGAUGAGGGGCUUACCGUCGCUUCAAGCUUAGGACCUGUGCUGUUUGCUCGGGCAACCAAACGCCACAACUCCGGCGCCAGUUUCGGUGGAGGAUACGCUAGUGGUGGACAUUCGGCAUCAUAUGGUGGAUAUGGUGGAACUCAUUCCCUACCAUCAUCAGGUUAUGGGUAUGGAGCUAUUGGACAUCAUUCGACAUCAUACGGUUCGCAUGGCAGUGGAUUCAGUAGUGGUAGUGGAUACAAUAGUGGUAAUAAAUACGCCAGUGGCGUCCCUAGUAAGCCUUAUGCGGUUCCUAUACCAACAACGAAUAAGACACCUUCCCUCAAUCAGCAAUUAGAAGCUGAGUAUCACUUACAAGGAUAUACGUGGGCACUUGAAAUACUGAACACUACGGAAGGUGCCCUCAUAUGGGACAACUCUGGAUCGCCAGUUGUCCUGAAGCUUUCUAAAGAUCUCGAUCCUUCGCAGACGGAUGUAGGAGACUACGAGUGCUGGCCGGGGCAACCGGUCGGGUCGCCGAAGGCGGGGGUGAUGUGCGUGUACCUCACACGCUGCCUCGCUGCUCGCGAGUACAAUUUCCUCGAUUACCAAUACAACUACUGCCACGCGGGUCAUGGGUAUGUGUACGCAGGUGUUUGUUGUCCCAGUAGUGAAAUCGAGAAAAAGCCUUAAUAGGCCCUUAUAGAUGCGUAUCUAGUUACAUCAAUCGAUUGUUUAUAUUUAAUAAGGUGUUAUGUUGCUUAUAAAUAUGCAUUAUAAUGGACAUAAUACCGUACCAUAUACUUAUAUAUAAAAAAAUACAUAAAAUAAAGGA